AUGUCUAACACAGGCGAUGGCUGGAUGCAGAAUGCCUACAAUACAGCUAGGUUCAGGCAUGGUGUCAGCUUCCCGGUCCACCCUUCCUGGCUUCCUGGCCCCCUUGUGGAGGACUGGCUUCCCGGCCCCUUUGAGGAGGACCGGCUUCCCGGCCCCCUUGAGGAGGACCGGCUUCCCGGCCCCCUUGAGGAGGACCGGCUUCCCGGCCCCCUUGACGAGGACCGGCUUCCCGGCCCCCUUGACGAGGACCGGCUUCCUGGCCCCCUUGACGAGGACCGGCUUCCUGGCCCCCUUGACGAGGACCGGCUUCCUGGCCCCCUUGUGGAGGACCGGCUUCCCGGCCCCUUUGAGGAGGACCGGCUUCCGGGCCCCUUUGAGGAGGACCGGCUUCCGGGCCCCUUUGAGGAGGACCGGCUUCCCGGCCCCCUUGACGAGGACCGGCUUCCCGGCCCCCUUGACGAGGACCGGCUUCCCGGCCCCCUUGACGAGGACCGGCUUCCUGGCCCCCUUGACGAGGACCGGCUUCCCGGCCCCCUUGACGAGGACCGGCUUCCCGGCCCCCUUGACGAGGACCGGCUUCCCGGCCCCCUUGACGAGGACCGGCUUCCUAGUCCUCCUCAAACGAAUCAAUCAAAGAAAGGCAUAUAG